UUCCAGGUCGAGAAGGUCAAUAACCUAAAGGAAAUCAGUCUGGGGAACUGUCGCCUUCUCUAUGGCAGUGAGCGCGGCAAAUUCUAUGGUACCAUAAGCCCACAUUCUCCUUGCAAAUCCCCCAAGCUCACAUGUAGGAAAAAGACAUUGUUGUCGGCGAGGACGAGAACACGAAAUCGUUCGGCGCAGUCCUCACUUGCAACCAAGAAAAUCAGACCAAGCUCUUACGCACAUCCACGAGCACCUGCCCCGUCAACGCCGUACGCAACCUGGUCAGUGACCUUCAAAAGGAUACUGCAAAGCUCUUUCUCAAGUACGGCGUCGGAUCCCAGCUAGAAGGCCAACAAGGCUACACCGACAAGGACACCGGAGAGUUUCAACUCUGGGGCACGGCCUAUGACAAGCGGACAAACGGUCCGGACGACGACACCAUGGGUCUCGUGAGAUAUUGGAGCGAUGCUUUUGGUUCAUCUGGGAGGUUCAACCGUCAUCCCAGGAAUGGUGGUGCGAAUGGGUACGAGCGUAGUGGCCCGUCGAAGCGCAGAAAGAAGAAUGAUGGAUCAGGAAAGCCCGUUCGUAGCUUAGACUACUUCUUCGCAAAGCAAGCGGCAAAAGCGACACCCAAGGACGCGCCUACGAAUCCCACGUCUAAUGGAGCGCCUGCAGAGCAAGACUACUCGGGAUUGACGGAUGAAGAACUUGCCCGCAAACUCCAGGAAAAAUGGGAUAAGGAAGAUCGCGAGAGGGGUCAGAAUGUGGCGCCUGUAAGCUCAAAUGAGUUGUAUGAAGAGCCGGAGAAGUCUACUACGAAUACGGCGGCGAAUGAAGGCUCAGACAACCCAAAGAAAUCCGAAUCACCAGCUUUUGAUGUUGCUUUGAAGGAAAUACCCGAGCUCGCACCUGCGCCGAAGAAAAACACUCUCACGCUACAAUCAACUGCAUCUGAAGAAGAUACAAUAACCGCAAACAUACCCUUCGACCUAAGCCCGCUUGAAUUUGAUCCUGCGGAAUAUAUACCCGACUUAGAAAAGCAUUGGGUAACAGAUGGAGGACAUGCAACCUAUGCUCUUCUGACAAGAUGCUUCAUUCUGAUCAAUAGCACCACGAGCCGCAUUAAGAUUGUAGAUACUCUUGUCAACCUGUUACGGACAAUCAUCGAGAGCGACUCAAGCAGCCUACUCCCGGCUGUCUGGCUUUCAACGAACGCGAUAUCGCCGCCAUACAUUAAUCUUGAGCUAGGACUUGGAGGGUCUGCAAUCUCCAAGGCGUUGAAGAAGGUGUGUGGAUUGGACAAUGCAAGCUUGAAGGCCUUGAGCAGCAAGCACGGAGACGCUGGCGAUGUGGCAUUUGAAGCAAAGAAGAAGCAGUCAUUUACCCUUCGCAAACCAAAACCGUUGACCAUCAAGAGCGUUUUCGACUCUUUGAUUAAGAUUGCAAAUAGCAAGGGAAAUGGCAGUGUUGAAAACAAACAGAGAAUUGUCGAGAGAUUGGUCCAAGAUGCGAGAGGUGCGGAAGAAAGUCGCUAUGUCGUACGAACCUUGGUACAGCAUUUGCGCAUAGGGGCUGUCAAGACCACGAUGCUAAUUGCAUUGUCGCGAGCAUUCAUGUUAUCGAAGCCUCCGGGCGCUGAGUUCGAGACACGCAACCGAAAAGAUACGGCGAAAAUGAAGAAAGAGGAGCUGGUUGAAAUUUACAGCAGGAACGAGGAAAUCGUCAAAGCAUGCUUUGCCCGGAGACCAAACUACAACGACCUCAUACCUGUGCUUCUUGAGAUUGGUGUCUGCGAUGAGCUGCUCGUGCGUUGCGGGCUAGCCCUUCAUAUUCCUCUUCGGCCCAUGUUGGGUAGCAUCACACGCGACAUGGGCGAGAUGCUCACCAAGCUGCAAGGCCGAGAUUUUGCUUGCGAAUACAAGUACGAUGGACAGCGAGCACAAGUCCAUUGCGAUGCAAAGGGCAAAGUCACAAUCUUUUCGCGACACCUGGAAGUCAUGACGGACAAGUAUCCCGAUUUGGUGGCGCUAGUACCCAAGAUUCGGAGCGAAGGCGUGUCGAGCUUUAUCCUCGAAGGUGAAGUGGUAGCCGUUGAUCGAGAGAGUGGUGACCUCAAGCCGUUCCAGACACUAGCCAACCGCGCAAGAAAGGAUGUAGUCAUCGGAGCAGUAACAAUCGACGUUUGUCUCUUCGCGUUCGAUCUCAUGUACCUCAACGGCGAGGAACUUCUUAACCGAUCCUUCAGAGAACGAAGAUCGCUACUUCAAAGCCUGUUCGUCGAGAUCCCCCACCACUUCACCUGGGUCAAAAGCCUCGAUGCCACAUCCGCCGACGUAGAAGCCGUCCAGACCUUCUUCCAAGGCGCCAUAGACACCAAAUGCGAAGGUAUAAUGGUCAAAGUCCUCGACAACCUCCCCAACCCGGAUCUCCUCGCCGAGAUAGAUGAACCCGGUCUCGAAAAGACGCCCUCACUGCCCCCUACGCCGAAGAAAAAGAAACCUAGCAAGUCAAAAGCAAAAGGAAAAUCCACAGAGGCUGAAACAGACGAGCCCAAAGUCUCGGGUCGCCGCAAAGCCUUGCUAUCAACAUACGAGCCCGAUAAACGCCUCGACUCAUGGCUCAAGGUAAAGAAAGACUACAGCACCACCUCGGAAACACUUGACCUAAUCCCCAUCGCGGCAUUCCACGGGUCUGGCAGAAAAGCAGCAUGGUGGUCCCCAAUCCUCCUCGCAAUUCGCAACGCAGAAACAGGCCAACUCGAGGCAGUCACAAAGUGCAUGUCUGGCUUCACAGACGCCUUUUACAAAGCCAACCGCGCCAAGUACGAUCCCGGAGAUCCUGACUCGACUACCGUGUUACCCGGUAAGCCACACUAUGUGGAGUACAAUGGUGGGGCGGGCACGCCGGCUGUGUGGUUUGAGCCACAGGAGGUGUGGGAGGUGGCUUUUGCGGAUUUGACGCUCAGUCCUACGUACACGGCUGCGAUUGGGCUGGUGAGUGACGAGCGUGGGCUGAGUACGAGGUUUCCGCGGUUCCUGCGGGUGAGGGAAGAUAAGAGUAUCGAGGAGGCGACGGAAGCGGAGGAGUUGGCGAGUUUGUAUAGGAAGCAGGAGGCCAAGGCGCCAAAGAAGGACAAUGGUGGUGAGAGAGAAGUGGAAGAUGAGGAUAUGGAGUAGGAAACAUCAUCACUUUGGUAAUACUGUUCUUGAUACCCCUUCAUACAAUAUUAGUAGGCACGCGAAGUGGAACAUGUUGUAUGUAGUGAAGAACACUCUUUAAUUGACCAUGACUAGAAGACUGGUGUCUUGUUUGUCUUGUACGAACUAUCCUCCCAUCAUCCUGCCAGCACCUGAUACAUCAGCGUGCAAAACCUCCGAUACCCGCAUCUGUUACUCCAAGAGAAAUCGAGAUACGAGGAAACCGUAAGUCUUCCGCGGGAUACUUGCUAUGCCGUACCGCAUCUCAGCAGCGUGGAUCGUGUGUGCUACGCGUCCGACGUGCCGGCAUGCUCCUCCUCCGCCGUACGAGUCUCGUUGUCG